AUGGAGGUGGGACAAGUUCUUCAUAUGAACAAAGGAGAUGGCAAAAUUAGUUAUGCCAGAAACUCCACUGUUCAGAGAAAAACAUUAUCUAUCACGGCGCCGAUCAUUGAGAAAGCAGUGCUACAACUCUUGGGAUCGAAUAAUAUCAUGGGAUUGGAGAGCAUGGGAAUAGCGGAUUUGGGUUGCUCCUCUGGACCCAACACCUUACUACUAAUGUCGCAGAUCAUGGAUGUAAUACAUGCUAAACGUAGCAAAGUUACAGAGCUUAGAGUGUCUCUUAAUGACCUCUAUAGCAACGACUUCAACACCAUCUUCAUGUCACUCCCAUCAUUCUACAACAAAUUGAAGCAAGACCAUAAUAAUGGUCGUGAAACCAAUCAACAUGUCAUGAAUCCCUUCAUUUCCGCUGUGCCGGGUUCGUUUUACGGUCCAUUGUUUCCCAGAAAGAGUAUGCACUUUAUUCAUUCCUCUUUUAGUCUUCACUGGCUCUCUCAGGUACCCCAUGGCCUAAACAACAAACGAAAUAUUUACAUUUCUAAGAGCAGCCCGCAGUGUGUAUUAGACUCAUACUCCAUGCAGUUUCAGAAAGACUUUUAUGCUUUCCUCAGUUCUAGGGCACAAGAGAUAGUUGACGGAGGACGAAUGGUAUUAUCCUUCUUGGGAAGGCCAUCGUCUAACCCAACAGCUGAUGAGGGCACUUUCUACCUGUUUGAGCUCUUAGCCCACGCAUUGAUGGCCAUGGUUUCCGAAGGUCUUAUAGAAGAGGAGAAGGUUAAUUCCUUCAACCUGCCCUACUAUACUUCAUGUGAAGAGGAACUGAAUCUGAUGUUUCAAAAAGAAGGGUCUUUCAUCAAGGACCAGCUUGAAGCAUUCCAAAUUGAUUGGGAUACUGGCUGUGCUGAUGAUCUCGAUCACAACAACAUGCCCAACGCUACAUUUGACGAUGAUCGAACAAUAACAAGCAGUGGGCAGCGAGUGGCCAAUAACAUAAGAGUCGUGGUAGAGUCUAUGCUCGAGUCUCAUUUUGGGAAAGAGAUAAUGGAUGUCGUAUUUCAAAAAUAUGCUAAGCUCGUAAGCAAGUACUUAUCAAGUAGUACUACUAUACCCAAGUCCAAGUACACCGUUUUCGUCAUUUCACUUGUUAAGAAGAAUUGAAUCCAUCAUCAGCAUCAGGUUGCACUCUACACAUUCUUUGUUAAUUCCUGAAACAUCCGAUUAAUUUUGUUUUCUGAAUUACUGAUCUUGUUUUACUGUGAAACCCUUUAAUUAUCUCUAUAUAGU